UAACUUUUGACUGUUUUAUAAUAAUAAAACAGAAACACUACUCUGAAAGUAGUUCUAAAAUAGUCAGCACAGACCAAAUGCUCACAAUGUGCUCAGGGCAGUGAACUAAUUAUACUGGGGGGGUUGAUUUUUUCUUUUUUUUUUUUCCAGACGGACCGGAACACAGAGUUUCUGUUUGCCCUGAAACACAAGAUCAAUUAACAUUCCCAGUGGAGCAAGCAGCAGCAGCCCAGCUUUUGUAACUCACUUACAGAUUCUGGGUGCUGCUGGGAAGCUAGAGAAAUGGUCAUACUGCUCACAUGGCGCCAAAUUCACUUUGGAAGUUGGCUGGUGAUAGAGAAAGUGUGGGAUCAACCUGCUAUUAAUAUGGCAAAGGGGCUAAAAGUAAUUUAUAAAUGUUUAAAGUCUAACAUAAUGAAGAGUCAAUGAUAAAACACUAUUUAAGACUCAACUUUUCUUUUUUAAAUCCUAAUGUGUUUUUUCUGGUUUCAUCUCUUUCUUGGAGCUUCUGCGCAGAAGUUCAGUUGGAUUUUUAGCGUGUUUUGUCCUUCCAGCAGUUUUCAUUUUUGAAUCUGAAUUUGUUGAUUCUGUUGUGUGACUACUUUAAUGCUCUUUCCAAAUUUCUCUAGAAUCCCUAUCAUCACCCUGCUGAGAAGCUCAUCACUGCAUCUGAUCUAUGUCAACCUAAUUAGAGGUCCAAACCAUUACCUUUCCACCUCCGUGCCCACAGCUGACAUAUGUUUGUACUGGUGAAUAAUUUUUGUUUUAGGCAAACAUUUUCUGCAGCUGCACAUUUAUUGUUUUUAUUCAAAUACAUCCAAAAUAAUAAUAAUAAAAAUGUUUGUUUUUGGUUUACAAACCCUUCCAGCUUGACAUGUCGUCUCACAAUGUCUCUCCUUAAAUCACUGUUGGUGUUUACUCCUUGGCGUUGUGUAAACUUUCACCUGACGGCUCAGACAAGCAAACAGCAAGAACGUCUACUUUUAUGGAGGCAGUCACACGUCCAGGUGAUAAAUUUGUCAGGCACUGAUACAUUCUCUGUAGGUUAUUGACAUGCCUUCCAUUGUUGCGCUGGGAGUCCCACUGGUCUGAGUGUGGGAAACCCGGCCCUGCCCGAGCCACAUGGCUUUGUUAUGUUAAUCACACCGUAUAAAACGAGGAGCGACUCCUCCAGGGACAUCAGAGCUCAAAGAGCUGAGGGACGAAGUAUCUGCUCACAAAAAUGGCUCCGUGCCCAACAGGCUACCCUUCUCUCCACCAUUUGAGGAUGUCUGAGAAGGACCACAUUAAAUUGAGAAAACCUUUGGUGGAGAAAAUGCGCAGGGAUCGCAUCAACACCUGCAUCGAGCAGCUCAAAGUCAUCCUGGAGAAGGAGUUUCACAAGCAAGAGCCAAACUCCAAGCUGGAGAAAGCCGACAUCUUGGAGAUGACGGUGAGCUUCCUGAGGCACCAGCUGCAGUCGGGACAGCAUCUCAGAGACUACAGCCCAGGCAGCCCUCUCUGCUGGAAGGACGCCUUCUCCUCUGCGGCCGUUGCUCCUCUGCAGGGUCUCCAGCAGCAGGAACAGACUCUCCAUCAGGCUCAGAAAGACCACAGCUCCUCCUCUUUGUGCUCCAUACUGCAGGACAGCAGCAGAGGGCCUGUGUGGAGGCCCUGGUAGUGUGUUUCCAGCCUAAACUAACCUGUCUCAUCACAUUGAUGGACAAAUAUCAAACUCUGAACUCUGUCCCGCUUUGACUCCAAUGCUUUUUCAUUUGUGUCUGAAGCAAAUUGAUUUUUUAACAAAUUAAAGUUUUGUUUAUUCUGUUGCUUGUUUACUCCAGUGGAGUUGAUUCGUAUGUAUGCCAAACUGUGCCUUUGUGACAGCCUCCGUUGAGAAUAUUUCUCUUGUGUUUUUAAAAGAUCCAUGACCAAAUUCUGAAAGAGGAUUGUUUUUGUGUGGAUGAAUGUUUACGAUUUGAUGCCAAUGGUUUUCUGUCUUGUUUUGGUUCUGAAAAUAUGUUUUUUUGUGUCUAUAUGACAAAAAUAAAGAUACACAAUCAAUGAAAGAAGAGAGU